AUGCUGAGGAUUUUAGUAAAAGAAGGUUCCACUAUUUCCAUAUUGAAUUUCCAUCAGAAGCGUACUCUUGUCAAUGUAAAGCUUAAAUGGGUUAAAGAUAGUGUCUUGGAUUCUGUGGUAGCUGGAGGUACACAACUCAAGGCUGGAACUACACUAGUUUCCAUCAUUACCUCACAAUCCACUUCUGGUAUUCCUAUUUACCAUCUCCAAAGAAAGCAUAGGCAGCUUGGACUCCCUCAUGACUUGAAAGUUUCCACUUUCCUUAGGCGAUACCCGAAUAUUUUUCAGGAGUUUUUUUGUAGUGAUAGUGCUGGUUCUCCUGUUCCGUGGUUCAAAUUAACUCCUGAGACUUUAGAAUUUCAUCAUGAGCAAGUUGACGUUUUCCGCCAGUGCAGCACAGAUAUUGUUAAUAGGUUGAGAAAGGUUUUGAUGAUGACCAAUAAGAGGAUGCUUCCUCUUCAGACAAUUGAUCAGCUAAAAUGGGAUUUAGGCUUGCCACAUGAUUGCGCUAGUUCAUUGAUUAUAAAAUAUCCUAAGCUGUUUAGUUUGGUGGACCUUCCUGAUGGUCGUGUCGGUCUGAGGCUUUUAGCAUGGGAUCACAAAUUAGCUGUUUCCCAUUUGGAGGAGAAUUCUGCAAAGGAAAAUGGGACCUUGAUGUUUCCUAUUGGAUUUACCAGGGGUUUUGGGUUAAAGAGAAAAUGUAUGAAAUGGUUGGAGGAAUGGCAAAAGCUGCCUUAUACUUCUCCUUAUGUAGAUGCUUCUCAUUUGGACCCAAGGACAGAUGUGUCAGAGAAGAGGAUAGUUGGAGUCUUUCAUGAGCUUUUGAACCUCACCUUACAAAAGAAAACAGAGAGGAGCAAUGUUAGCAAUCUUCGUAAGCCAUUGGAAUUGCCUCAGAAGUUCACAAAGGUCUUUGAGCGGCAUCCGGGGAUAUUUUACAUUUCUAUGAAGGGUGGCACGCAGACAAUCGUCCUUAGAGAGGCUUAUGAGCGCAAUCAACUGAUUGAGAAGCAUCCCCUUGUUCAUAUAAGGGAGAAAUUCGCAAACAUGAUGACACUAGGUUUUCUAGAUCGUAGUAGAGGGCUAUAUAAAGACAAUAACCAAGGUCCAGAAGAAGAGGAGUCACUGACAAGUAGUUUUGUUGGUGAGACCUGUGGAACUAGAUAUUACUCUGAUAUAGUCUCAGAUUCAGGUAUGGGUUUAGAAGAUGAAGCAAAGAAGAUAAAGGUCCUUCAACAAUGUUGAAGUUAUAAGCUGAGAGGUGAUUGGACUGACUACUUGAGGCUCUUAGAAACAUGUGGAAGUAGAUUGCAUAUGCUCUUAGUAUAUGAAUAACAUUAGAUAGAGGUCCUUUAAGAAGUACUGUUGAAGAUAAAAGCUGAGAGGUGAUUAGCUGUAACUUUGAGAUUCUCAUUCUUCAUCU